AUGCGUGUCAUUGAGUGCGAUCUGAACGGGCUGCUGACGAAAGCGUGGAGCUCACCAGUUCGGGUAUGCGCAAUUGUUGACACAGCUGCUUACUGGGGUCAGCCUGAGACCGAGUCCUCGUCAAAGCCCAAGCAUGAGUCUGAGUCUGUAUCCGAGUCCAAGUCUGCGAUUCCAGUAGUACAGAAUUCCCUUGUAAUUGAGUUUAAACACAGCCUCAGCUUCACUAAACUUUCGUCCAAUCGAGAGGGAAUUGGAUUGGCCGACGCACAACCAUCGCCAUUUAAGGGAGCACUGACAUAA